AUGGACCUCAAGCUGCUGCAGCUGCUGCGGACAACUCGUCGCGUGGCCGCACGCGCAACGGGCGCUGCCCCACUGUCUGCGCGACGGCCAUCUGCUCGUCCGCUAGCGGCUGCCGUCAAUGCCCCUCGUCUGCGCUUCUCGAGCAGCACAAGUGGCGACAGUGACGCGACAAAGACGAGCGCAGACGUUGCGGCCUCGAAGCUCUUUGCGUCGAGCGAGUCGGACUCGGACUCGGACUCGGAUUCCGACUCGGAUUCCGACUCGGAUUCCGACUCGGACUCGGACGACGGCACAGAGGAACUCGUUGAAGAGGUGGAGGAGCUGCUGCCGAUCGACGAAGACGGGAUCUCGAACGUGGAGCGACGUCGUCGUCUCGACGCUUUCUUGGCCCAUAACGCCGAGUACUUUGACGAGGAGCGAUGGGGCGCGCAGGACGGAGACAAGUGGUUUGGCUUUGACGGCGACAUUGACGCCGUGACGGACGAGGGCGUUCCCACGUGGCUGCAGUCGGUCCGCAACAUGGUGAGCGUCGAGGAAGAGCGGGCAGCGCGCGCCAAGUCGGCUCGGAUCGCCUUCCACGAGGCCAAGAACAAGAUUGUGCGCGUGCAAGAGCUCGACGCACAGGGACGCGCCUAUGGCACUGGUCGUCGCAAGACGAGUGUCGCGCGUGUGUGGGUCAAGCCAGCGGCCCAGCCGUUUACAGGCUGCAUCAGGGUGAACAAGAAGGACCUUGUCGACUACUUUGUCCGGGACACGCAUCGCGACGACGUGCUGAAGCCUUUCCAGGUCAUUGAGCGCAUGGGCGGAUUCGAUGUGUACUGCACGGUCAAAGGAGGCGGGAUGACGGGUCAGGCUGGCGCAGUGCGUCACGGCAUUGCCCGUGCGCUCGAGAAGUUUGACCCGGAGCUGCGUCCGGCGCUGAAAAAAGCAGGACUGAUCACGCGUGAUCCACGAAUGGUCGAGCGGAAGAAGGCUGGGCAGGCCAAGGCUCGCAAGAAGUUCCAGUGGGUCAAGCGAUAG